AUUGAAAAGCAUUUUCAUGUUUAUGAUGUCACAGAUGAUCAAUUUUUAUGAUUUUUUGCAGUUUGGUGAUGGCAUAUGUAUUUGAUGAUGAUAUUUUUAAUGAAGAUUAUGCUUUAGAAGAAUCUGACAGGGAACAGAGUGAUGAAGACAGGAUAGACAGUGAUGUAGAAAUUGCUCUCUAUAGCCAAAUUCAUUUUGCACAAAAUGAAUCCUACGAAGUUAUCCAGAUGAAUGCUUUUACUGAUUCAAAACUCAAUUUGGCUAGCAAUUUUUCGGCCGCAGAAUCCAAAACUUGUAAUAAUAUAGUGCAAGGAGACAUUAAAAAUCCUAUAACGAUAUCGUCGGAUACAUCCAGCAGUUCUGACGACAUCAAAGUCGUGUCCGAAUUCAAGCCCACUAGUUCUGUUGUGCCAGAAGUAAUCAUUUUUGACGAUAAAGACAGUGUUAAUGGUGAAUGUAAACAGAGAAAAAGUUGGCACAAUGAAUUUGUUUCCAUUACUUACAGCGACAAUGAUGAAACUGUUGAAACGCCCAAAAGAGAUGACAUAGCAGUCGUUAAUUUUUUUCCAAAUUCCCCAAACAAAAGUACAGUUUUUAAUUUGAAAGAAAGAUUUUACUUGAAAAGUGCAAACGCAAAGGCAAAGAAUUUAUCGGCAUCUUUGACGAAAGAUGUGGACAGUGAUAGUAGUGAAGAUCUUUUCAAAUAUCCGAGCAGCUCAAAGGAUAAUAUUUGUAUUAACGUGUCUCCUAAUUCAUCUGAGAAUUUUGAAAGACAUAAUGUCUUUGUGGUAUGA